AUGCGUCAGGGGGUUUGGUAUAUUCCUUACUUAAUGAUCUCUAGUCAAUUAACGAAUAUCUUCGCGGCUACCUUUCACCGUAAUGCAGUUGACGGAAUCGUCGGCAUUUACGUUUCUGACAAGGAUGGGGCUCGAAUGGUUGGAGUCUCUAUUGAGGAUGCUCCCGAACAAGCUUUUAUGACUUAUGUGGUUACAUCCUUCAUCGCAUCAGUUCAACAGCUUCCUAAACUUGGCUUUGGUGAGGUUCAACAUAUGAUAACAAAAUACCAAAAUAUGACAAUAUGUCAGUUUGUCUACGCUCCCAAUGAAUCAACCCCUCCAGUUUACCUAACCGCCGUGGGAACGAACGCUUGCGAUCUUGGAGCGCUGACUUCCCUUGAGGUGCCGCUUCGACCAUUACUUGGGGUUCUUGCAUCGAGGGCAGCGGAACGCUUUGAACAGGAGGCUAUGUUGACCCGCACUGAUGCUGGUGGUCACUUCUAUCGUAUUCUUCGCACCGAUGCCACUUGA